AUGAAGAAGGACGAUAUGACUAGCAAAUCGUGUACUUCGGAGUCUUCGAGAGCAAUCGUCUUUAGUAAAAUUAAUAAUAUCAUAUUACGUUCGAGCACGAAUCUCAUGGGCAAAUUCACGCAGAGUGUCCGGAGAAUCGUCCAGGAUGUAAAGGAUGAAGGAACAUCGAGUGGACAAACUAAAGAAGAGGUGAUUGAAACAAAUGAAAGAUUAAGAAUCGUAAGGAUACGCCUAGAUGGAAGCUAUGAGAUCGCUAAACGUGCCCUUGUUGAACUCAUGUGCAAAUAUACUGACAGCAAGCAAGUCCGCAACGUGUUUCAACGUUACAACCUCUUAAAAUUAAUGAUUAAGGAUGUAAUCAAGUUGGAGACUCAGUAUUGGACGCUGGUGGAUAUACCAAAGCAGGAGAAACAGGAGACGGUGCCUGCUUUCGUCCUGCGCGCGUGUUCCAUUAUGGAGAAGACCCACAAAAGCGGAGAGGGUGUGAAAACUUCGGCUCGACUGGCUGAGGAAGCUGAAACCAAAAGAGAACGCAUUGAGAGACUCGAAAGUAUGACGACAGCCCAAAUCGAAGCGGAGAACACGCAAAUGACUAACGACCUGUACAGAUUACUGAAAAAGUACACCGGGCUCAGAAAUCUCAUUCGAGACCUGAAGGAGGAGUACAAUAGCUCAAAGGUGUAUCCAAUCUUUCCUCGUUACCCGAUCCUAAAGGACAUGAUAAAGGACAUAAUGCACAACCCAGACUACAUGGAGGUUUGUCACGAGGUGGACCAAGCAUAGCGGCCAGACCCCCUCCACCGUUCGCCACGUAUGACCUUGUAAACUUACCUUUACAAAGAGUCU